UUUUAGAGCAGUACUAUUUCGCUUUGCAAAGAGUGCAAGUCUGUUACUAUUAGAAAAGUAUAAAAAUCAGUUAAAUAUGAGUUUCUCUAAUAAUCCCUAUGAAAAUUUAGUUGAAAAUCUAAACACUACAACUUCUCCAGUUGUAAAUGAAAAUAACGGAGCACCAAAUCUUCAUAAUUUUGUUACACCAAAUUUCACUUACACACCAACCGUAAAAUAUCUACAACCAAAUGGAGCUGUUGGACCAAACUCCACUGAAAUGAAUUGUCCUCAAUGUGGAGCACAUAUUAAAACUAGGGUCCGUCAUAGUGCUACUACAAAAACUCAUUUAAUGUGUCUUCUACUUUCAUGUACAUGUUGCUGCCUUUUGCCAUAUUGCAUGAACUCGUGUCAAAAUACAAAUCAUUAUUGCCCCAAUUGUAACGCCUUUAUUGGUUGCUAUCAAUAACUAUAAAAACGGUAUUUAAUACCAAAAACAAAUAAUAAAUUGUACAAGCCCCCGUUAUAAAAAAAAGAAAACUUGUUUCAUAUUACAUUCAUACCACAUUAUUUUAUGUAACUUUAGAUUCGUACUUUU